AUUUUGGUUAAUAGACUUACAAAUUUCGAGUGUACAAUUAGUUAAGAAUAUUGAUAAUGCGACGCUGCCAUGAUAAGACGCCACAUUGUCACUAUAAAAGCGAUGAGCUGCGAAAUUUAUGACAUAGUUGUAUAUCAUCAGCUGGUGCUAUACGACAUUAAUAACAAAGUAAAACAAAAUGUUCAAGUUCCUCGCAUUCCUGACCAUUUGCGUCGCCCUGGCCUCGGCCAAUUUGGUGCGCGUGCCCAUCUUCAAGAACCCCAACUACCGUCCAACCCGUCAGUCUGUGAAGACCGAGACCGCCUACUUGCGUGGCAAAUACAAUGUUGCCGGAGCACGCAGCGCCACCGAGGAAUUGGACAAUGACCUGAAUAUGUCUUACUACGGCAAAAUCACCAUCGGUACACCACCACAGGAGUUCUUGGUACUCUUCGAUUCUGGCUCAUCCAACUUGUGGAUCCCAUCAUCCACCUGCCCCAGCAGCAACCAAGCUUGCCAAAGCCACAACCAAUAUGACUCGAGCGCUUCCAGCACUUAUGUUGCCAACGGUGAAAGCUUUGCCAUUAAAUAUGGUACUGGCAGUUUGUCUGGUUUCUUGUCACAGGAUACCGUCUCUGUAGCUGGACUCACCAUUCAAAACCAAGUGUUCGCUGAAGCUAUGUUGGAACCUGGCACCCAAUUCGUGAACGCCAACUUCGAUGGUAUUUUGGGUAUGGCCUUCCAAUCGAUUUCCAAUGACAACGUUGUGCCACCUUUCUACAACAUCUGGUCUCAGGGUUUGGUUAGCAAUGAUGUGUUCUCCUUCUACUUGGCUCGUGCUGGUACCUCCAACCAGGGUGGUCAAAUGAUUUUGGGUGGUUCAGAUCCCAACCUCUACCAAGGUGGUCUCACCUAUGUGCCAAUCUCUCAACAAGGCUACUGGCAAUUCAGCUUGGGUGGUGCUACCAUGGGCGGACAGGUCUUGUGCGGUAACGGUUGCCAAGCUAUCGCUGAUACUGGCACCUCACUCAUUGUUGCCCCAUACAAUGCCUACAUCACAUACAUGAACAUCGUUGAUCCCAAUGGUGAUGGUUAUGUUGAUUGCUCAGCUAUCGACAGCUUGCCUGAUAUGGAAUUCGUCAUUGGCGGUAAUACCUUCCUUGUACCUGCUUCCCAAUACAUUCUUAACAGCUAUGGUGAGUGCUCACCUGCCGUCAGCUACAUGGGUACUGACUUCUGGAUCUUGGGUGAUAUCUUCAUUGGCUUGUACUACACCGAAUUCGAUAUGGGCAACAACCGUAUCGGUUUCGCUCCAGUCGCUUAAAUUAAGUUUAAAUAGCUUGCUUAUAUAUAAAAAAUACAAAAAAUACUUAUAAUAAA